CACACACUUUGUCCCUGGCUUAGGGGGACUUGUGGGUAUUUCAGAGCUGCCCUACAGGAGUGACAGUGAGCUGCCCCCCAGCUUGGGUUAGCAGAGUCCCAGCGCUGUGUCUGUGGGAUCCAGCACCCACCUACAACUUCCAUGUGCUCCAAGAUGGAGCAGCCUUUCUACCACGAUGACUCCUUGUUGUCAGCCUAUUCGCGCCCAGACACUGCCCUCUUGAAAACCACCCUGGGGCACCUGACGGAACCCUACCGGCUGGCCAAGCACGACUUGCCUUACUAUGCCCCACAGGACUCACCGCCACUUGCCUCCCAUCACCCUGCGCCUUCCAGUCUGAAAAUGGCUGCCCCGGAGCUUGAAAGGAUGAUCAUUCACAGUGGCCCGGGGGUCAUAAGUGGUCCGAGCGGUGGCCAACUCUACUACUCGUCCCGUGGCAAUGGCAUAACGGAGGAGCAAGAAGGCUUUGUGGAUGGGUUCGUUAAGGCCCUCGAUGACCUGCACAAGAUGAACCGUGAGUGCCCUCCCAAUGUGUCAUUAGGCGGGGGCUCUAUUCCCCUGGGGGGGAGCGCUGCCUCCCCUGCCGGUAGCAACAUUUAUGGGGACGCUGCUGUUUACACCAACCUGGCCAAUUACCACCCAAGCUGCUACCGACAGCCCUCUGCCACCAUUAACUAUUUACCACAAACUCAUAUUGGCUUUGGGGCUUCACCCUUUAAAGAGGAGCCACAGACUGUGCCCGAUACCGCCGGGGUAAGGGUGGACAGUAGGGAAGGGUCUCCUACACCUCUAUCCCCCAUCAACAUGGAGGAUCAGGAGAGGAUCAAGGUGGAGAGAAAAAGGCUAAGGAACCGCCUGGCUGCCACCAAGUGCCGCAAACGAAAGCUGGAGAGAAUCGCCCGGCUGGAAGACAAGGUGCGAGAGCUAAAGAAUGAGAACAGCGGCCUGAGUGGCACAGCCGGGGCCCUUAGGGAGCAAGUGGAGCAGCUGAAGGUGAGGGUGAGAGAACAUGCCCGACAUGGUUGCCAGCUUCUGCUUACUGGGAAAGGGCAUCAGGUUUUCUGAGGACACUGGUGGGCUGAGGCUGCUGGUGCAAGUAAGGGGGGGUAGAGAAUAAAGAUGGACUCGGAGCUCCCUAGCAGGCGCUCGUCUCCUUCCGUACAUUCAUCUACUCCAAGGCAUUCGGAAGCACAGGAGACCUGAACUGAGACAUCCGAUAUGAGACGGCAGUAGCCCCAUACAUUCUGCUGUUACAUUCAUGGGGGGCCCCCCUUCUACAAACACUCCACACUUCCUACUGUCGCUGCUCUGGCUACAAACUUUUGUUGCAUCGAGGAGAAGGACUUGCACUUAUGUCUGAAGAAGAAGUAUAAACUGUGACACAGGCUCGGGUACUAACGCGGGCGCACGUUUUCUCCGGUGCAGUAACAACAAGCAGCCAAUUAGCAGCCGCCUGCGGUUUGCUCAUCAAAUUAGAUAGCACUUGAUUGGUUGCUAUGGGUUGCUGCAUGGGGCAAAUGUGCACAAUUUCCUUACGUGAGCCUGUGUGUGUCUUUGCAAAUGUAUUUCUUAUACACUUUGGUGAGGGGGGGGUUGAAGCUGCUGUCAGACUCUACUAGCAGCAACACAGAUUGACCCCCCUGUGAUGUCCCUAAACCCAGCACUUACAUUGAUUAGAAACAGAACAACAUAAUGUGAAAUAUGAGGAAGGCGGUCAUAUUGAUAGUCAUGUGACUGCAUCUUAUGAGAAGGUUGGGGGGGGUGUCAGGUGGUAAUUUGGAAAGGGACCAAUAGAAAUGUUUGUAUUCUGUGUAAUAGGUGCAAGGUGUGUCUAUACACCUGCCCAAGUUCAAGGGAUAGGGUGUCUGUUACACUGAUACUGAACAUGUUGCACUGUAUAAUGAUAAGGAGUAUCUCCAUACUGAUACAAUGCUGCACUCUUUAUUCAAUAGACCUAUUUUUGGACAGUAUGCAUUCCUUUCUAAAGCAUUUGCAAUACGUGGAAUUGGGAUAAAACUGGAUGGGUAUAUAUAGCCUAUACAAAAUGCAGCGAAUAUUUUUGAACUUAAGUUUACAGAAAUGACAUUUAUAUAUAAAUAUAUAUAUUCACCUUGGCCACUGCUGCUCGGCGGACCCGCAGAAUUGUUGCAGCGCAGUAUUCUGGCUCCGACUCGAGCAGGGUGUUAUUUUUAGAAGUUCGUGGUGUUUCGGGGUGAGGUUUCUUCUCUGCUGGUAUCGGAGACAGAAAUCCCCCAUUAACUAAUGAUAUAUAUAUAUAGCGUCUAUGUAUUUAAAGAAACAGCGCACACACAGAGAAAGGUACUUUCAGCCGUCUGGGUAUUUUAUAGAUGCUUCCUGGAAGCGCAAGUUCGGGAAACAGAAGAA